CUUGAGUUUGACACACGAUCUAGAUGUCUAGAUCAAAGACUCAUUCUAAUCGCCUCUAGACUAGACUGAUCGCCCUAUCGCCUCCCAUCUUCUUCUCCUCCAGACUGAUUACCAGUGUGGUGUCUCUCCAAUACAACCAGCUUUUAGAGUUGCGCAUAAACUCCCCAAAGGGUCCCGACCUUAUACCCAAAGCUCUGCAUUUUCGCCGAGCAACGGGGAGAAGAGGGUGAACGGUGAAGGAGUUUGAUCGAGGAUCUGGGAACUACGUAACACAGCAGACCGUUAGGCAAGCGAACAACUCUCGCACCCUCCAGCAAAAUAAAAACCAUGGGCUAUCUUCGGAGAAUCAAGUCAUGGUAGUAAAACAAACUUACAGGCAUAUCCGCAAACGCCUCUCUCUCUUAACUUCAUUGGAUUUGGUCUGUGGUUACUCAUCUGUUUCAACGUUUGGCUUCUCGAAGUCCAAACCCAGGACACCCAUCUCUUCACUAAAUUCCAAAACCAGUAAAUUUCUUAUUUUCUGCAAUUCUCGGAUCACCAAAUAUGGAAGAAAUGGUGACCUCAAAGAAGCUGAAGCUAUCUUUAAUCGAAUGCCCUUUAAAAACGUAAUAUCAUGGACAGCCAUGCUCACGGCAUAUGCAGAGAAUAGAAAAACUGAGGAAGCCCGGAAAUUAUUCGAUAAAAUGCCAGAACGCAACACUGCGUCAUGGAACGCCAUGAUCACGGCUUACAUCCGAAACAAUCAGAUUUAUAAAGCUUCUGAGUUGUUCUCACAGAUGCCUGAGCGAAACCCCAUCACACAUGCUGCUAUGAUCACAGGUUUUAUUCAGGUGGGAAUGGUACAAGAGGCCGAGAAAGUGUACUUUCAAAUGCCACCAAUUGGGCGAGACCCUGUUGCUUCGAAUGCCUUACUUACUGGUUAUCUGAAGCUGGGUGAAUUAGAAAAGGCAGUUAAUGUUUUUGGUAACAUGUAUGAGAAAGACAUCGUCUCUUGGAGCUCCUUGGUUGAUGGAUACUGCAAAUGCGGUAGGAUUAUAGAUGCGAGAGAAUUGUUUGAGAAGAUGCCAGAACGAAAUGUGGUUUCUUGGACAGCAAUGAUCGGUGGGUACCUGAAAAAGGGAGAUUUCGAAGAUGGGUUAAGUUUGUUUUUGCAGAUGAGGGAGGGUAGCGUAAAGGUUAAUUCCACAACACUGACAGUAAUUUUUGAAGCUUGUGCCAGUCUAAAUAGAUUUAGAGAAGGGAUUCAGGUUCAUGGAUUGAUAUUGUCGAUGGGUUUUGAAUUUGAUGUCUUCUUAGGAAAUUCUCUUAUCACCAUGUAUUGCAGAUGCGGUUGCUUGGAUGCUGCUUACAAAAUAUUUGAACUGAUGGAGAAGAAAGACAUUGUUUCUUGGAAUUCACUGAUUUCUGGUUGUGUUCAAAAUGACAGAACGGAAGAAGCCUACAUGCUUUUCAAGAAGAUGCCAGACAGAGAUGCUGUUUCUUGGACAUCCAUGAUUGCAGGAUUCUCGAAUAAGGGGAAGAUUGAGGAAUCCGUCUCUCUGUUCAAAGAGAUGCCUGAGAAAGAUGACAUUGCUUGGACUGCAGUUAUUUCAGGAUUUGUCAGUAAUGGGGAAUUUGAAAAGGCAUUCCGGUGGUUCAUCCAGAUGCUUCAAUGUUCAAUCACACCAAAUGCUCUCACAUUAAGUAGUAUGCUUAGUGCUUCAGCAUGUUUGGCAACAUUGAACCAAGGCCUGCAGAUCCAUGCCCAUGCUGUCAAGAUGAACAUGGAAACUGAUCUAUCCAUCCAAAAUUCACUCAUUUCCAUGUAUGCAAAAUGUGGAAAUGUAGAUGAUGCAUAUCAAAUUUUCAAGGGCAUUGAUGCACCUAAUCUUGUCUCUAUAAACUCAAUGAUUACUGGAUUUGCCCAACAUGGAUUUGGGGAAGAAGCAAUAACUUUGUUCAAGAAUAUGCAGAUGAAAGGCUAUGAACCAAAUGAAAUUACAUUCUUGGGUGUUCUUUCAGCCUGUUCUCAUGUGGGGCUUGUGGAAGAAGGAUUGGAAUUCUUCAAGUCCAUGAGCACUUCAUAUCACAUUCAACCAGAUCUGGAUCACUAUACAUGCAUGGUUGAUCUUCUUGGCCGUGCAGGAUUUCUUAAAGAAGCAGUUGAUCUCAUCAACUCAAUGCCAUUCAAGCCUCAUUCAGCAGUCUGGGGUGCAUUGCUUAGUGCAAGUAGGAUCCACUUGAAUCUUGAUAUUGCAAAACUUGCAGCUCAGCAACUUAUUGAGUUGGAACCCAAUAGUGCAACUGCUUACGUGGUCUUAUCUAGCAUGUAUUCCCUUGUAGGACAAAAGAAGAAUGAGGAAAACCUAAGGAUCGCCAAGAAAUUGAAAGGGAUAAGAAAGAAUCCAGGUUGCAGUUGGGUCAUAAUAAAUAACAAGCUUAAUUUGUUUCUUGCUGGAGAUCAAUCUCAUGUAGAAUUCAAAGAGAUUAAAUCUAUGCUGAGAAUAAUUGGAGAGGAAAUAAGAACUCUCAGGUCAUAUAUCAUCAGUUAAUUCCUUCUUUAAGACUUAACCAAAUUAGAAAUCGUCCUUCACUAAUCAUAGUAAA